AUGAUGACGCGCAUCUUCAACUGCCUAUUAGUCCUCCUCGCCUGCCUCGGGCCCUCAAUCAAAGCAGAGAACCACGCCAUCACACAAUGGCCUCUACAAGAUAACGGCCUCAACACCAUCGUCCAAUGGGACCACUACAGCUUCCAAGUACAUGGCCAACGCCUCUUCAUCUUCUCCGGUGAAUUCCACUACUGGCGCAUCCCAGUCCCAGGCCUAUGGCGCGAUAUCCUCGAGAAAAUCAAAGCCGCCGGCUUCACAGCCUUCGCCUUCUACUCCAGCUGGGCCUACCACGCCCCCAACAAUGCAACUGUGGACUUCACCACCGGCGCACACGAUAUAACCCCGAUUUUCGAGCUCGCCAAGGAACUGGGUCUGUACAUCAUCGUCCGACCCGGUCCAUACGUCAAUGCCGAAGCCAAUGCCGGCGGUUUCCCGCUGUGGCUCACAACGGGUGAGUAUGGAACGUUGCGAAAUGAUGAUACUCGCUAUACGAAUGCUUGGACGCCGUAUUUUACUGAAAUGACUGAGAUCACGAGCCGUUACCAGGUGACUGAUGGCCAGAACUCGAUCUGCUAUCAGAUUGAGAAUGAGUAUGGGAAUCAGUGGAUCGGGGAUCCGACUCUACGGGUGCCGAAUGAGACUGCUAUUGCUUAUAUGGAGCUCUUGGAGGCAAAUGCUCGCACAAAUGGUAUUACUGUGCCGCUUACUGUCAAUGAUCCGAAUAUGAAUACCCACUCGUGGGGGAAGGAUUGGUCAGAUGAGGGUGGGAAUGUUGAUGUCGCUGGUGUUGAUUCAUACCCUUCGUGCUGGACCUGCGAUCUUAGCCAAUGCACCUCCACGAAUGGCGCCUACGUCCCCUUCCAAGUCAUGGACUACUCCGACUACUUCCAAGAGUCCCAGCCCAACAUGCCCGGCUUCAUGCCCGAGUUCCAAGGCGGCUCUUACAACCCCUGGGGCGGACCCGAAGGCGGCUGUCCGGGUGACAUCGGCGACGACUUCGCCAACCUGUUCUACAGAUGGAAUAUCGGACAGCGUGUGACGGCAAUGUCAUUGUACAUGAUGUUCGGUGGACAGAAUCCCGGCGCUAUGGCUGCGCCAGUGACGGCGACUAGUUACGAUUACUCGGCGCCGAUCUCAGAGGACCGGUCCAUCUGGUCGAAAUACCACGAGACUAAACUGCUAGCGCUGUUUACUCGUUCCGCAAAAGACUUGACCAUGACCGAGUUGAUUGGUAAUGGGACGCAGUAUACUGAUAACCCGGCUGUGAGGGCUUAUGAACUUCGGAAUCCUGAAACGGAUGCCGCGUUCUAUGCUACCUUCCAUACGAACACUUCGAUCGCGACAAAUGAGCCGUUCCAUUUGAAGGUAAAUACUUCAGCGGGUGCUUUGACUAUUCCCAAACAUGCGAGUUCCAUUCGCUUGAAUGGACAUCAGUCCAAGAUCAUUGUGACGGAUUUCAACUUCGGCUCGAAAACGCUGCUGUAUUCCACAGCCGAGGUCUUAACUUAUGUUGUGUUUGAUAAUAAGCCCACACUCGUUCUCUGGGUCCCGACUGGUGAGUCUGUCGAGUUCGCUAUCAAGGAUGCCAAGAGAGGUUCUCUCAAGAAGUGCCAGGGUUGUGCACGGGUCAAGUUCAAUAAAGAACAUGGCGGAUUAACGACCUCAUUCACGCAAUUCGCUGGCACGACCGUUCUCGAAUUCGACGAUGCUAUUCGAGUCAUUGUGUUGGAUAGAACGUCUGCAUAUAAAUUCUGGGCUCCAGCCAUCACCAACGAUCCCUUCGUACCGGAAACAGAAAGUGUUCUUGUCCAUGGCCCGUACCUUGUCCGUAGUGCUAAAUUGUCCGGUUCCAAGCUUGCAAUCACCGGAGAUGUUGUCAAUGCAACAACGCUAGAUAUCUUCGCCCCAAGGGUAGUCCAGUCUGUCACUUGGAAUGGAAAGAAGGUUCACACUCAUUCGACUGAAUAUGGCAGUCUCAAAGGCUCGCUCAGUGGCCCAAAGGCCAUCCAACUGCCAGCUCUCACUUCAUGGAAAUCAAAGGACAGUCUUCCAGAGCGGUUCACGACGUACGAUGACUCCGGUGUAGCGUGGGUUGAUGCCAACCACAUGACAACGCUCAACCCGCGGACCCCAACAAGUCUCCCAGUGCUAUACGCAGACGAAUACGGAUUCCACAACGGCGUCCGUCUCUGGCGCGGCUACUUCAACGGAACAGCAACCGGAGCUUUCAUCAAUGUCCAAGGAGGAUCCGCCUUCGGCUGGUCCGCCUGGCUCAACGGAGUCUUCCUCGCCUCACACCUCGGCGACGCCUCCACCUCCCAAGCAAACCUAACCCUCUCCUUCGAAAACGCAACCCUCAGCACAACAACCCCGAACAUCCUCCUCAUCCUCCACGACGACACAGGCCACGACCAAACCACCGGCGCCCUAAACCCGCGCGGCAUCCUGGACGCAACCCUCCUCGGCUCCGCCGGCUUCACACACUGGCGUCUAGCCGGCACCGCCGGCGGCGAAACAAACCUCGACCCCGUGCGCGGCGUGUACAACGAAGACGGACUCUUCGCCGAGCGAGUCGGGUGGCAUCUACCCGGAUACGAUGACUCAACGUGGACAGAUACCGAUACAUCCGUGCUCAGCUUCCAGGGCGCGACUGUCCGCUUCUUCCGCACUACAAUCCCCCUCUCUCUACCUGCACACACGGACAUCUCUAUCUCCUUCGUAUUAUCCACCUCUGGUACGACGCAGUACCGGGCACAGCUGUUCGUCAAUGGGUAUCAGUACGGUCGGUAUAACCCGUACAUCGGGAACCAGGUUGUAUACCCCGUCCCGGUGGGGAUAUUAGAUUACACGGGCGAGAACACGAUUGGCGUAGCUAUCUGGGCGCAGAGCGAAGACGGUGCUAGUCUCCGGGUUGAUUGGCGGGUUAACUACGUUGCCGAUAGCUCGUUGGAUGUUGCAUCUAUGAAUACCGAGGGGUUAAGACCCGGCUGGACGGAGGAGAGGUUGAAGUUUGCCUAA